UUUUAAACUCGAGACCCGUCAUCUUUUAGUAUGGAGGUUGAAUUAAUUCAAUCGUCACGUUGUUUUGAAUCACUAUAAAAGUUUAGUUAUAAAACAACCUUCCCGGUAGAACUAAAACGAGAAAUCAAAAGCGAAAUCAAUGGAUGCUCUGGAAAUAUCCCAGUUUGAUCACACUCGCUACUACUGCGAAGAGAAUGUGUACAGGCUUUGCAAGAAAUUAUGCUCUGCUGGGAUUGCAGAUUCCGAGGGUUCUGAUCUCUUUGUUGUUUUUAUUUCGAAUGACAAGAAACAGAUUCCACUUUGGCAUCAGAAGGCCAGCCACAGGGCUGAUGGUGUUAUUUUGUGGGACUACCAUGUUAUCUGUAUACAGAGAAAAGCUGAUGAGAAGUCUGCACAAGUAUUGGAUCUGGAUUCUACUCUCCCAUUUCCUUCUCCUUUAACAUCUUAUAUCUCGGAAACUUUCCGUCCAUCAUUUCCCCUCUUUUCAGAGUAUCAAAGAUUUUACCGAAUUAUACAUGCUCCCCUGUUUCUCCGUUAUUUUGCUUCUGAUAGAAGACACAUGAAGGAUUCUAAUGGGAACUGGAAUGCGGAACCACCUACUUAUGAUGCAAUAGUUGCUGAAGACGGAACGGUCCAUAACCUGAACGAGUACAUGGAAAUUCACAGUACUGGUGUUGCACCGAGUAUCGAAGCUGAUGUGGUAAAUAUUGUGAAAAACGAGCGACUUGGAGUGGUGGUUAGUGAAAACCAACUUGAAGAAUUUUUUACUCUUCCUCGUUAAGCGAUGAAACACCGUGUCCAUCCCUUAGCUUGUAUGGGUGCCUAUUUUGAUGUGUGCUUUGGAAACGCAAAACAUAUCUGACGGUUUGCUAGAAGUAAUCAGUCAAUGGCAAGUAACCAUUGUUGAAUUAAACUCUUUGUUGCAGUUCGUUAUAUUGAUGUCCGUCCCUUUUUAACUUACUACACCGAAACUAAAAAUGUCUUGCAAUUUUAGCUUAAUACAGACCGAGAAAAUACUUCUUUAUGAUUGUAAUUUGCAGCCGUCGAAUCAUAUAUUUUUAACAUGUUA